UCAUCAGUCUGCUUCUCCUCCAUCAUCUUGUGCUGGGAGUCAACGUCCUCAAAACUGGGUUCUUUUGUCUCGUUUGUCCCUAAACCUUACUGCUGACGUCAGCAUGUCUGAUAAAAGUGAACUGAAGGCUGAGCUGGAGCGAAAGAAACAACGCAUUGCUCAGAUUCGAGAGGAGAAGAAGAGAAAAGAAGAAGAGAAAAAAAAGAAGGAUGGGGACUCGAAGCGUGGGGUUGAGGGAGGCUCCUCCGUGGGUAGCGAAGACUCGGAUUUGGAGAGGAAGAGGAGGGAAGCAGAGGCUUUGCUGCAGAGUGUUGGCAUCACCCCAGAUAUGCCUCAUGCACAGCCCCUGAGGGUAGUAACAGAGGAUACAUGUCUGUUUCACUACCUAGUCCCUGCCCCCAUGUCUCCCUCCAACAAAUCAGUGGGCAGCGAUGCAGGAAGCCAGGAUUCUGGGGAUGGCAACGCCGGACCGAGGACUUUGCAUUGGGAUCCCGACCCCUCUACUCUGCAACUCCACUCCGACUCUGAGCUGAUGGGACGUGGAGCGGUGAGACUGGGCAUGUCCAAACUGACCCAGGUGGAUUUCGUCCCGAGGGAAACUGUGUCCUACUCCAAAGAGACACAGACCCCUACAGAGGCAUUGUCACACACUGAUCAAAAAGCAGAUGAAGAAGAGGAUGAAGAGAUCAGCAUUCCUCCACCGACAGAGGACACGCAGGAGGACAAAGAUGAACAUGGUGAAAAGCAGGAAGAUGACACUCCCAAGGAGCUGACGGAGGAAGAGAAGCUGCAGGUCCUGCACUCUGAUGAGUUCUUGUCGUUUUUUGAGCGCGGCAGCAGAAUCAUGGAGAGAGCGCUGUCUGAGCAGGUGGACGUCUGCUUCGACUACAGUGGGAGAGAUCUCGAGGAUAAAGAGGGUGACUUGCAGGCGGGUGCAAAGCUGGUUCUGAACAGGCAGUUUGCAGAUGAGCGCUGGACUAAGAACAGAGUGGUCACCUGUUUGGACUGGUCGCCUCAGUAUCCAGAGUUGCUGGUGGCCUCGUACAACAACAAUGAGGACGCUCCACAUGAGCCUGAUGGCGUGGCGCUGGUCUGGAACAUGAAGUACAAAAAGGCUACACCUGAGUACAUCUUCCACUGCCAGUCAGAGGUGAUGUCGGCUGGGUUUGCAAAGUUUCACCCCAACCUGGUGGUGGGUGGGACGUACUCCGGACAAAUAGUCCUGUGGGACAACAGAAGCAACAAGAGAACUCCAGUUCAGAGAACUCUUCUGUCUGCGGCUGCACACACACACCCCGUCCACUGUGUGAGCGUGGUCGGAACCCAAAACGCCAACAACCUGAUCAGCAUUUCCACUGAUGGCAAGAUGUGCUCCUGGAGCCUGGACAUGCUCUCUCAGCCGCAGGACAGUCUGGAGCUGGUGUUCAAACAGAGCAAAGCCGUGGCUGUAACUUCCAUGGCGUUUCCUCUAGGUGACGUGAACAACUUUGUGGUGGGGAGCGAGGACGGCUCUGUGUAUACUGCGUGUCGCCAUGGAAGUAAGGCAGGCAUCACUGAGGUGUUUGAAGGCCACCAUGGUCCAGUGACCGGGCUGAGCUGUCACAGUGCUGCAGGACCUGUAGAUUUCUCUCACCUCUUUAUCUCAUCUUCUUUUGACUGGACUSUUAAGCUAUGGAGCACCAAGAGCACCCGACCUUUGUACUCAUUUGAGGACAGCUGUGACUACGUCUACGAUGCGAUGUGGUCUCCAACACAUCCCGCUCUGUUUGCAUGUGUGGACCUAUCUGGACGCCUGGACUUGUGGAACCUCAACAAUGAUACUGAAGUUCCUACUGCCAGCGUGUGUGUGGACGGGUCUCCAGCACUGAACCGUGUCAGAUGGUCUCACUCUGGAAAGGAGAUCGCCACCGGAGACUCCGAGGGUCAGGUUCAGGUCUAUGAUGUGGGAGAGCAAAUCUGCGUGCCCAAAGCAGACGAGUGGACACGCUUCGUCAGGACGCUGGCUGAAAUCAACGAGAACCGAGACGAAGCCGAGGAGCUGGCCAACGUCUGACACCACAGUUUUUCACGAACAGCUGAUAAAUUCCUGUCACUACUACACUACACACCUAUAGCACAUUACACAAUUCAGCCGGAGGAGACGCGCCCUCUUCUCCAAUCUGGUUUCCACCUUUUCCUUCCAACAGAACUUGGGCCUGAGGAGAUGUGCAGAGCUAGAAUGAGCUGAAAUGGCAGCGUUAGAUGAGUUUAAAAUGUUUCUUAAGAGAUUAGAGUCCACAUGUAGUCACAUCAGCAGCAGUUUCUGUACAGAAACCAACGUUAGGUAGUUUUAAGAUAUUAGAUGAGUUGGUGCUGGGUGGUAUACCAGUUCGUACCGAACACCAGUUUUUAUUUUUGUUAUGAAUUUUCUGAAAACCGGACAUACCGGUUUAAAUAGCUAGAACACGUUUGGAACGCCACGUUACGUCGCGCCCGUCAGUGAACUGUUUUCACAUGGAGACACUUUUCCUCGCAGCACCGCUAUGAGCAUUAGCAAAGCUAAUGUUACUAUUGGAGUGGGCUUCUCCAUAACUGGCGGCAGGUGGCAAUUACACUGCUUAAACUGACUGACAUUAAAAAAAACUUCUCCCGUUUUCGCCAUCGCUGAAUGUAGUCUGCACCUCUUCAGUGACGUGCACGGACAGAUUUGAUGCGUGACGUUAACGUGCUUCUAUUAUGAAAAGCCCGGAGGAAGUAGUUGUGUACCGAAAGGCUGAGUCAUCCUGUUAAGCUUUAUUAAAUAACACAAAACAAAAGACCCAAUAAUGAUCUUUGCUCAACCCUCCUCCUUCACAGCUGUACUAAAAUGCGUGACUACAACUAGGCAAAGAAGGAAACACAUGUAAAGGAGGGAAACAAUGACACAGAGGUACAGGAAAAGAAAAAAGUCAAGAAAUAAUUUCUGUGUUGCAGAAAGAGAGUAACGUCAGCUGACUGGUUUGCUAAUCAAUAAGCAACGUUUGUACAUUUUAUUAUUAGCUGAGCUGUGAUGAAAAGAAAAAUACU